CAAAUUUAUCCUAAAAAUUAACGUAAUGACAAAACAUUUCAACUUGCUUAGGUGCUUUUAAUUAAAUGGCAUUGAAAUUAUAUUGAUCUGAGCCAGGAUAAAUUGAAAUAAUGGACCAAUUUUUUAUUAAUUGUUUCUGAAUUUGCAGUUUUACUGAACUAUCGUUAAGCUUUUCAAAAGAUGCAUUAAAACUUACUAGAAUAAUAUUUGUAGUGUCCAAAGUGACUGAAGAUCUAAAUCAGGGGUGCCCAAAGUCGCAUCGUGCAGGUUUCAGUUCUCUCCCUGGUGGUAAGAACCUUCUCAGCAUGUCAAUGUCCUUCCAACGAGCCACCAUCUGAUCCAGAAAUUUGGCGCUAUGAUCCGCUCAGUGUUUGCUGUGCUUUGUUUCCUCCUCCUGCACAUCGGAGCUCAGGCAUUUGAAAUAUUGCCUGGAGAUUCUUUAAAUCACCAGGAAAUUACAGAGCAAGCGAUUCUCAAUGCAACUGUGCAGGCAUGCCGCUCUCUAGCCCUGACUGAAGGAACAAACUUCAACUACCCAGCUCAGCCUUUUACUGCAGAAGGCGUCGCUGCUGCCUGCGGCGCCUCGCAGUCGUCAAAGUCUUUCCGUCAAGCCAUCACAUCCAUCAAGCUGAGGAAUAUCAGAGUGGACAUCCGCUACGCCUUCAAACCGAGCUUCCACUUUGACGAGGAGGAGUUCGUUCAGGGAAGGAGGGUCAUCACAGAGGGAAUGGUUGCUGUCAAAGCCAACAACAGGAUGGGGAAUUAUGAGACCGCAAAGGAGAAACUGGGAGAGAUCAUGCAUCCUUUGCAAGAUUUCUACAGUCACAGCAACUGGGUGGAGCUGGGAAACACACUCCCAAACUCUAAUCUGAUUAAAGCAGAAACCAGCAUUGGCAACAUGGCAGAUGAAAGCAGAGCCACCUGUCGCAGCUGUGUCGGCGACGACUGCAGCAACAACAUUCUGGAGGACAUCAUCGCUGGACAGAUCCUGACCUCUGGCUACUUUGGGCUCGUACCUUUUGUCUCAACCAAGCCACCUGGAAAAUGCAGUCAUGGAGGAUCAGUCGAUCAAACUGGUAAAAUCGAGCCAACUGGUGGGAUUAACAAGGAUUCCUUCCAAUCCAGCCACGGACAUCUCCACACGCGAGCCGCAAACCUGGCAGUAGCUGCAACCAGCCAGCUUCUGGAGGACAUUCGGCUGGCAGCCGGAGACGUCGCCUUCUUACAGAUGGUGGGGAUCUCUAGAGGAUCCAGCAAAGCUCUCUGUUUUGUUACUGACACCUCAAAGAGCAUGAGCGAUGAGAUCGCCGUGGUGAAGACCGUCACAUCCACCAUCAUCAACAUCCAGGUGGGAACAGAGAACGAACCGUCCGUUUACAUCCUCAUCCCGUUCAGCGAUCCAGGAUUUGGGCCAAUAAUUCGUACAACGGAUGCAACACUUUUCAAGGAUAUUGUGAACCAUCUAACAACUAAUGGUGGAGGAGAUGAUGAGGAAAUGAGUCUCUCAGGGCUGCAGCUGGCGUUAACUAGUGCUCCGUUCAACUCCGAGAUAUUUCUCUUCACGGAUGCUCCUGCUAAAGACAAAGAUUUGAAGAACACGGUGAUUGCUCUCAUAGAGAGAACCCAAACAGUGGUCAACUUUAUGAUUACAGACUCGGUCGUUACUAAUCGCCGCAGGAGAAGAAACGGCAACCAAUUGCAGACGAGAGCGAUCUCAGAGUCUGACGCUCAGCUGUAUAGAGACCUGGCUCAGGCGUCGGGCGGCCAGGCCAUCGAGGUGACGAAGACCGAACUUCCUGUUGCCGCAGCAACCAUAGUCCAGUCUGUCAGCUCUUCAAUGGUCACCCUUCUGCAGGCGUCCAGGAACCCGGGAAAAACCGACAGUUUCACCUUUAUUGUUGACGAAACUGUUAUAAACCCGACAGUUUACAUCACCGGCAGGUUUCUCGCUUUCACACUCACAAGCCCGACAGGUGUAACUCAGCAAAGCACCGACUCUACAGGCUCAUUGAUCACUUCUUCAGAGACUGUGGGAAACUUCAUAACGGUGCGGUUGCAAAAGCAAGUUGGACGAUGGGCAAUAAGAAUGGCGUCAAACAACCCCUACACCCUGAGAGUCGUUGGUGAGAGCUCUGUUGACUUCCUGUUUGACUUCGUCCAGCCGUCUCAGGGUCCUUUCGGUGGAUUCGAUGCUCUCGACACGCGGCCCAGAGCAGGCUUCAACGGCAGUUUGUUGGUGACUAUAUCAGGAAGUGACUCUGCUACUGUGACAGAAGUUGCUCUGGUGGAAUCGACGAAGGGAUCGGAAGAGGCGUUGGGAGUUGUUGUGUCGCAGGGCGGCGGGAACUUUUUAGUCCAGGUUGAUGUGAUGCCGACGGUGGAGUUUGUAGUGAGAGUGAAGGGGAGGGUUCAAGGUUCUGCUACUGACUUUCAGAGACAGUCGGCCACCAACUUCAGAGCUUCUAAUCUGACUCUUACAGCCGACUCAGACAGCAUCUUGACUGCAGGAACCAUGACCUCUGUGCCCUUCACUGUGGCUUCAAGUAGAUCCGAUGAAAACAUAACCAUCCGAGCCACCAACUCGAGAAGUCUUGACUCGACGUUUCCGGCCGUUUUAUUGGUGGGAAGUGGGAGCAGCGCUAAUGGGUCGGUGACCCUGCUGGCUCCGCUGAGCAUCCCGUCUGGUUCCGACGUCAUCCUGACCAUCGUGGCCGAGACGCCGGAUGGAAGUGACACCAACUACAUUGUGCUGCGAUUCUCUGUAGUAAACUCGUUAAAUGAUUUCACCCAACCAGAGUGUCAGCUUCUCAGCAUGCAGUCCAGCUGUGCUGGAAACUGCAGCCUGUCUGCGUGGCUCGUCUCCAUCAGAGUGACUGACGGCGACAGCGGAGCGGGCGUCGAACGCGUCAGCCUCAUACAGGGCACCGGCGUCUUCAACGCCAACCUGGAGGCCGGAAACGAGAACGUAACGCUGGUGUCCUACGUCGCCUCCUGCUGUGCAUCAGUAAUGCAGCUGCUGGUUGUGGAUCGGGUCGGCAACGUCGGCACGUGUCAGUUCACUGCCAGGGUCUCCGGGUCCGGCACGGCCUCACUGUCUUUCCUCCUGUGUCUCAUCAUGAUGGGGUUUGGACAACUUUUACUGAGUGAAUUCAUGAACUGAAUCAUUCUAAUAAUGCUUUAUAUCUUGUUGUAUAACUUAUGAAAACUUUAUCAAUCACUCUGACAAAUCUAAACCAUCUGGAAAGAGAUUCAGGAAUUUAAAAUGCAUUUACUUUCUUUUUUAAUUGAAAUUUGCACUGAUAUUUUUAUUAGGGAUGCACUGAUAGAAAAAUUUGGGUAAUCGAUAUCCAAUAAUAAUGCUGUAAUGGCUGAUAAACAAUAUUUACCAAUAUUAUAUAUAUAUAUAUAUCACUCCAGUUUCGAAAAAGAACAGAAACAGGAAAAAAAAAAAAAAAGAAAUCAGCAGUUUUAUUUAUCGUACCAAUAUGUUAAAAAUGGCUAAUAUUGGCACCGAUGUUGGUGCCAAUAUUUCAAGCAUCCCUAAUUUUAUAGUGGCAUAAUUUUCUUUAGACAUGCAUUUAUUUUAUGAAAAUGAUGUUGAAAGAGCACACUUCAAACACACAUUUUAUUUUUGCAAACUUCUUGGUUGAAUGAAAUCAACUUUGACUCUGACAGGGUCACGAAUAUAUUUGUUGUGCUAAAUACAUAUUUUUUGUUUAUUAGAAAGCAAAUUAAGUUGUAAAUAGGAUAAAAAAUAAAAAGUGCAUUGUGUGUAGAGCAACAACUGAAGAUGGAUGAUGUUACUUGAAUUGUGAGACCUUGUUGUUCCACAGUAAAUUAUCCAAGAUAUUUGUCUUUUUCUUAUAGUAGAGAUGAAUGAAUGCACUAUUAGUCAGUGUCAGUGUUUACACCAUGCAGAGAUCUUCACAAGCAAAGAAGCUACAAAACAUAGUUGAUGCUUUUUUGUAUCCAAGGUGAAAUUUAGUUGAUAAAAGGUGCAACACUGGAAAAAAAAAUUAAGGAUCCCAUUAAAAAAAAACAGAUUUUA